AUGACUAAGGGACAAGUCAAAAAAGUAGAAUUUGCUACUGGCCCCGAUGUGAAAAAUUCUAAGAUGUCCAAGGAAAGGAAUAGAAAAGGAUCAGCUCCCGAACCUUCCAUUUCUCAGAAUUAUAAUCCUUCAGAAAGAAACUUCGAAAGUAAAUUAAUCAACUACAAUAUAUCUUCGGAGGAGUCUGAAGGCGAUUUUUCAGAUGCAGACACAGAGUCUUCAUUUUCAACAACGGAAGAAAGCAUCCUUUGGAAAGAGCAACAAAUUCUUGACCUUAUCUUUCUUCCAUUUUUAGAAGAUCUACUUACCAUUUUGAACUAUUCGAGAUUAAUUCACAUAGACAAUAAUAUUUCACACACCAUAAUUGAAAGAUUUAAAGAAGGGUUUUAUCCGCCGAAUUUGCUUGUAACUAGUAGCAUUUGUGACCUCUUGGGCUUUGUUCUCAAAAAUAUCAGAAAGCUAAUAACUUUGUCUAAUGAAGAAUUGGAAAAUAAGGGAAGUUUAGGAAAAGCGAAGGAUUUUCUUGGGCCUUUUAUUCAAGAUGACUUCAAGAAUGUUAUGUCCCAGGAGGAUUACAAGUCGAUGAAAAGAGAUAUUGGUGCGGUCUAUUCGUACUAUUUUAAAAAAGCAAAGAGGAGACGCCAUACACCUAAAAUAAAGCAUUCACAUAAGUUAACUGCCCAAGUUCGAAACGAAUCUGAUGAAAAACUUGGUGGAGAAGUUUCAGGAAGGAUUCCACCUGAUAUAGAAAAUAGAAGAAAAGAGAAAAAUCAGAGAGCUUACACUGCUGAUGAAAAAAAUUGCAGUAGUAGACCAAUACGUAAAAAUAUGGAUAUGUCCAAUGAUGAAGACUAUAGUACAACGGUAACGCAAUUGGAAUCUCCGGUUUGUCUCAACAAAAGAACCGAGAUUCCUAGAAGGAGAGGCGUUGAUCCGUUAGAUAGAAAUGACUUAGAGAAACUCUCUCUUGUUAUAGAUGAUUUUGAUUUUUUCAGUUGA